AUGGCUUCGUCCGGCUCUCUCCUCCCCGCCCUCCUCGCGCUGCUCCUGCUCGCAGUCGCCCCCGCCGCGUCGGCGACCACGGCGACGGUCUUCGCCCGGGCCGCCGCUCCUGCCUCCGACCUCGCGGAGCGGCUGCAGGGAGUGGGGCAGCAGCAGUGCUGGGAGAUGCUGAUGGACGUCAGGUCGUGCACGGGGGAGAUCAUCCUCUUCUUCCUCAACGGCGAGGCGUACCUGGGGCCCGGGUGCUGCCGCGCCGUCCGCGCCGUCGUGGAAAGCUGCUGGGCCGCCGACGACAUGCUGUCCGUCAUCGGGUUCACCGCGGAGGAGGGGGACAUGCUCAAGGGCUACUGCGACGCCGGAGACGACGGCAAGGGCGGCGAGGGGCAUCACUAGCGUCCGCGGAUCGUCUCCGGCGUCGCCGCCUCAGCGUGCUCUUCAAGGCGCGUGCCAGCGUCACCGUUGCCGCCGCGCCGUGAAG